CGGAAGCAAAACCUGUGCACAAGUUUGGUGAGGUCAUCGAAACCGUGUGAGUACCUGCUAACAACAGAAAUGAGGUCCACUUCCUGUUCCACGAAUAAUAAUAAUAAUGAUUAAAUGAUAAUAAUGGAUACAAACACAGAAGUAAGCGCCAGUUUUGAAUCAGAGAUUAAACAAACUCGUGAACUGACAGAAAGAGAAAAACUUGAGAUCGUGAAGCGUGAACUGGUUGCGGCUCUUCAAGACACGAAUGACUCACACGACGAAGUUAAAUCAGAUCUUGGUGGUGUAGCAGAAGACAGAAGUGAUCAUCCAACGUCAGGGGACAUAAUUCAUGAGGUUACUGCACAAGGAGGUGCACAAAAAGAGGAAAAGGUUGCAUAUGUGCCACCACUCCAAGAUCCAUUUCGGAAAGCCGUUCGAUAUUUAGAAGAGCAUAAUAUCCUGCAGUUGUUUCAGGGAAUAACAUCUGGAAUAAUAUAUCAACGCCCAGGAGAUCCCAUAAAAUAUAUGGCAGAUGAAAUAGGAAAACUGCAGGAAGCUGAAAAAGUAAUUCAGGAAACUAACAAUGAUCAAUCAGAUGUACAAGAUGGACAAGACAUUGCACAAAAAAGUAGCUGAUGAUUUUUUAUGAUGCUUUGCAUUAUUAGGAAAUAGCAUUUAGAUUACCGAUACAAUAAUGAUCUACAACCACACAACCCAUGAAAACCUAUGGAAAAUGUUAGAAAAACUUGAAAAUCAGAGAGAAUGCAAGCAAUGAAGAAUCAGAUAAACCACACAUUACUCAAAAGGUGUUUGGUAACCCAUCAGAAGAUAAUGAUUUCUUUUCCACAAAUAAUCUGUGAUUGAAUUCAACAAUAUAACUCUUUACCAUGUGAAUUCUUAGAAAUGAAAUUAUUAAUGUCAUAUGUUUAUGGUUUUUCAAAUUUUGUGUACAAAACAUCUCUUCUGGUUUGGAAAAUGUAAGUGGUAUUAUUCAAGCUUACCUAUAUACCAGUUAUAAGUUUAUUUAAUUUUAAACCAGAUGCAUGGUAUAAUGACUUAUUUUGCCAGGCUGGUUUUUAAGGGACUGUUUUAUACAUCACUAGUGUACACAUAGCUGAUACACACCGUUGUACAUUUGGUUUUAUUUAUUUUUUAUUAAUCUAAAGCAUGUACAUAUUACAUAACAGUAUAGAAAAUAAAGAUCUGAUACAAUGAUAUAUGAAAGAUUUUUCCUAAACAGAUUUCUUAUGUAUAACAUGUAUACAAAUAACAGCCAAGGUCAACUACAUCAUAUUUACGAAUUGUGAAUGUAAUACACCAAUAAAUUUGUUAACAACACAUAUAAAUAAAAAAUACUUAAAACAUUUAAUUGACAUUAACAUGUAUCUACUUUCAUAAAAGUUUUUCUGCAGGUGAUAUUGUGCUGUGCUUCCACGUCAUAGGGAAGACUGGAAUGCUAAAAUUUAAGUUAAAUCAUGCUUUUUAUCAUUAAAAUGAAAUUUUGACACCUUCAUGUACAGUCAAGUACAGAAUAGGACAGAUGCACAGAACACAAAUAUCUUAAAUUUAUAUUUCUUACAAGUACAGCUUGGUAUCACAUUUAAAAAUGGCAACACCCAUUUUUGAAAGUCGCUU